AUGGUUGAAACGAGAUUAUCAAGGCACAAAAAAAUUGAAAAAGCAAAAGAAAUUAUUCCGUCAUACUAUGGCCCUUCUAUCUUUGAGCUCUUCUCCAACGAGGUUUUGUAUCAGAUUUUGGAUCGUGUCUAUGGCAAUCCAACUAAAGCUAUUCAUUUUAAGGAAUUCUGGAAUUUGAGACUUGUGAGUAAACAGAUGAACGCAUUACUAAGUACCGAGUAUGCUCGAAAACGCUACACCAGAUCCACCUGUAAAAUUUAUCUGUCCUCUGCCUUCGAUCUAGAUGCCGGUGAAAGCCGUGCGGAGGCGAUGACUUUUGUGAAAGUUGAAGCUUAUAUUGGUGAUGAAGUGCUUAUUGAAAAUGCGGAUAUGCUCUGGUCUGAAUUGCCGGAAUUCUUCUCAAAGAAAAAUAUUCGUGUUAAGAAAAUGAUAGUCUUAUAUACUCCUAUGGGUGAAGAAGCUUUCAAUGCAAUUAAAGUGUUAGCAGAUCAAUCUAUUCAGACAUUGAAGGUGGUCAUCCAGGAUUCUCCUUUCUCUUGGUACCUCUCUGUUAAAUACCGUGAAUUGCUUCAACCUCUCAUAGAAGCUGGCAAAAUCAAAUAUCGACACUUCAAACACCACCAAGCAAGUAAUCAAGCGAACGAACUAAACCGUCUAUAUCGUAUUAAGAUAGAGAGACAUUUCAUGUUAGAAGUUUUUAGAUUUUAA